AUGAAGUUCAAGUUGGUGUCCGUCCCAGGUGGAGUAACAUUAGCAAUUUUUUUCCGGGCAAACAAAGGGGCAUUUAGGCAUACGUCGGCACUUGCGCGUUUUGUUUGUAAGACAUGCGCAAGGACACGACUGAGCUCCUCCAGUGCUGGGCAGAGCUCUGGUCGUCCGUCCAUAGAGGGCACUGCGCCAGAACUAGUUACAGUAGCAGUAGAGCACGAUGAUCGAUAUAAUUUGACCUCUACGAAAGUGAAUGGGAAUGCGCUUACGAAAAAAAUGCAGAUGAAGCAGUUAAUGAGUAACAAAGAGAAGCGCUACCGAAUUACAUUAUCUUCAAAACGAAGUCGAAGUACGAGAGUUGUCAUUCCGCCUUUGUUCGGACGAGAAAACAAUUCUUGGUGUAGCAGCAGUGUUGUCAAGAAGUAGGGUGUACGUGUAGCAGCAGUGUUGUCAAGAAGCAGGAGCUUCCAGCAUGAUGAAGACUUCUUGGAGUACAAGUGGAGAAGUAGAACUAACUAGUUCGGCAGCUAGAAGGUGGUGCAGAUGCAGAUCGUUUAUUCGCAUACAUGUGUCUCGCAUGGCAUGAGGGCUACAGCACAAAUAUGUCUUCUCAACGAGGACAACUUGAUCGAACUUGUAGCUCUAGUCGUUGGAGGACGGGGCAGUAGAAGAAGAUUCAUCAAGAAGCUAGUACCCUCCUUUUCUGCCAGAGCCGAAUAAUCCUUUGCGGCCCUGCUGCAGCAACUUGGCUGUGACUUUCGUCACGCGGGGAAGAGAAAGCAAACUUCGGGCGCAAUAAGAAUAGCGCACGGUCAUGUUGCUGAUCCUGGUGACAGGUCAUGCACUCAAUUGUGCUGCGACAUCAUCUCUCCUUUGUUGUUGAAGCCGAUAAAUUUUUGGGUUGGUCUGGACGCACCUGCGGAUUGCCGAAGGAAGCGUUUUUUGAGCUGGUCUACAAGCGCGUCAUCGUUCAACAAGUCCUGACCACUUCGAGGAUAUGGGGGCCACGGCGAUAACUCCAGCAUCACUCACUGUCUCUCGUAAAAUCGCAAUGCGAAAAUUUUCUACUGCACUCCAGCAUGACAACUUUUCUACAAAGAAACUCGAACUUGAACUGGGGACCUGCGCCCCCUCGCAUAACAUCAUUUUUUUUUUAUAAUCACCGGAACUUAGAAGUUCCAGUAGAUCCUAAAAAUGUUCUUGUCAACAUCAUAGUUGCUGUAUCCAGCCGCGGCAUAAAUCCAUCGCCCACCUGAGAGAGCAAAAUGUUUGUUAAAUUUUGAUUUUGUACAACGAGCACUGACUUCGUCCUAAGAAUUCUACGUAGAGACUGCCGUAAUGAUGAUGAAGUUUGGAUGUUGCAGCUGCAAAUGCAGAAUUGUCCCUGUCCCUGUUUUCGAACAAUAAUUGACUCGUUGUUGUUGAGCACUGGCUUCAAAGGAAGGCUUCUGCUUCAUGGCGCAUCAAAAAUGUGUUAGUUGUAUGCUAUGCGAUUUGUUGCAUGCAACAGCAUCAGCAUUUUCCGCAGUCUGCUCGAUGUUCCAUCCUGCAGCAACCGACGAGAUUACGUCGAAAAUCUUGUAAUGACGGAUCUAGUACAUC